GAAGUGAUGUCACAGAUGGUCCCCUUGUUAGUGCGGAGCGAGUGGUUGCCAGGGAUUAGCGCUUCAGCCUUGAGGAAUGUGAGGACACCGGGAGGUCUCACUCAGAUAAUCUCUUCUAUAUUAAAUUCUCUUAAGUGCGCUUUAAUUUGAAAUCAAACACCCCGCUGGCAAACCUUUAACAAUGUCAGAGGACAGUAGAAGAGUGGAGGAUGAUGAUCGCGGUCCUGGUGCUGCAUAUCAAGCUUUUCUAAUGAUGGAGGAUUUAUUGGACAAGUUAAAGCUACUCAGUUAUGAAGAUGAGGUUCUAAGAAAGCAAAACAUGAAACCACUUUCCAGGCACUACUUUGCUUUACCUACAAACCCUGGGGAGCAGUUCUAUAUGUUUUGCACACUUGCUGCUUGGCUUAUAAGUAAAGCUGGACAUCAUUUUGAUCAGCCACAAGAGUAUGAUGACCCAAAUGCCACCAUCUCCAAUAUUCUAUCAGAGUUAAGAUCAUUUGGAUAUUCUGUAGAUUUUCCACCUUCUAGGCUAAAGGCAGGGUAUGGAGAACAAGUGUGCUAUGUGCUUGAUUGUUUUGCAGAGGAAGUCUUAAAACAUAUUCACUUCAGCUGGAAGAGGCCUACAUACCCAACAGAAGAGCAAGACGAAGAAAAUGUAAUUGAGGACGAUGCUGAGUUGACUUUAAACAAAAUUGAAGAUGAAAUUGCUGAAGAGGAUUCUGACAAUGAUCAGGAACAUUUUAUUGAUUUAAAUGCUCUUUCAGCACAAACACAGAAACUGAAUACAAAGGAAUCUUCCAAACCAGAAGAGAUUUUGGAAUCAAACACAGAUGCAGCAGAAUGGAUCCUAGAAGUGGAACGUGUUCUGCCCCAGCUUAAAGUCACAAUCAGGACAGACAACAAGGACUGGAGGGUCCAUGUUGAUCAGAUGCACCAGCACAGAGAUGGCAUUGACACAUCCUUAAAGGAAACCAAGGGAUACCUUGACAAACUUCACAAUGAAGUUGCCAAGGCACUGGAGAAAGUUAGUAGCCGUGAAAAGUACAUCAACAAUCAACUGGAGCAGCUGGUGCAAGAGUAUCGAUCUGUACAGGCUCAGCUGAGCGAGGCAAAAGAAAGAUACCAGCAAGCAAGUGGAGGGGUAACUGAGAGAACCAGAAUCCUCGCUGAGAUAACAGAGGAAUUAGAAAAAGUAAAGCAGGAAAUGGAAGAAAAGGGGAGUAGCAUGACUGAUGGUGCACCACUGGUAAAGAUUAAGCAGGCAUUAACAAAGCUAAAACAUGAAAUUGUCCAGAUGGAUAUAAGAACUGGGGUAGUGGAGCACACGUUGCUUCAAUCAACGCUCAAGGAAAAAUCCAACAUGACUCGAGAUAUGCAUGCCCUUAAUAUUCCUGAAUCCUCAAUUGGGGCCUACUGAUUGUAAGCUUCUAUGCGCCAUUUCAUAUACUGUAUAAAUCUGUUUGUAAAAAAAAAAUUUGAAUAUAUAUUUUUGUUAACUAUAUAAAAAUGAUUUUAAUAUUAGUUUUAUUUUUUUGUUUAUUGAAUUUUGGCCAGUCAUUACUAGUUUAGUGAAAUUGUGGCCUUCUUUAUGUUUGUAAGUGUAGUGGUUUGUUAAGUUUGUCUCUACAUAAAUAAACCAUGUACAGAAACCUACA